CGCUGGCGUGGCUGAGCGGGACUAGGACGCAGCCUGCAUAAAUCGGCCGCCCCUUCCCUUUCCUUCCUUCGUUCCAUCGAUCGAUCGCCCCGCCACGAUCGCCCGCCGCCGCCAUGGACGCAGAGUACUGCGGCCUGCAGCAGGGGAGCUCCUCGUCGUGCCGCACCGCCGACGCCGUCGCCUGGGGCGCCGCGCAGCAGCAGAAGCGCCAGCGAUGCCAGGGUUCAUCCAGCACAAGUAGCUCUUUACAAAUCUCUGAACCAGGACCUCUGGAUCUUAACUCUGGAGAAAUCGAAGAAGAAGAAGAAGAAGAUUACUAUGUGGAGGACGACUGUGAUGAUGAUGGUGAUGGCUAUGAUGAAGAUGAUUAUGAGUUUGACGAAGCUGACUUUAAUCAGCAUCUUGCUGAUAAAUUUGACGAUUUAGAUCUGCCUCCAGGCGUGGAGGCUACUGUACCAUGGCUGCAGAAAAUUGCAGCCAAGGAAGAAGUUGAGGAGCCAUCUAAAUCAAAUAAUGCAGAUGAGAAUGCAGAUAAAUAUAAGCAGUUCAAGCAGUUUGACACUGUUCAUAAUUUCUCUGACCACCAUUUUGCUAAAAAUUCUCAGGGAGAGCCAGCCAGAGCCUGGUCAAAGAGAGUUCAACAUGACUGGAAACUUCUGGAGAAGGAUCUACCAGCAUCUAUUUAUGUCCGGGUUGCCGAAGAUAGAAUGGACCUUCUUAGGGCUGCGAUUAUUGGACCUAAGGGAACACCCUACCAUGAUGGUCUUUUCUUCUUUGAUGUUCACAUUCCCUCUUCUUAUCCUUCUGGCCCUCCGUUGGUGCACUACCACUCUGGUGGACUUCGGAUUAAUCCAAACUUGUAUAACUGUGGAAAAGUAUGCCUUAGCCUGCUGGGUACCUGGAGUGGUAAAGGUUGUGAGAAGUGGAAUCCAGCUCAAUCAACCUUGCUACAGGUUCUUGUCUCCAUUCAAGCUCUCAUUUUGAAUGAGCAGCCAUAUUACAAUGAGCCAGGAUAUGAGGCCUCUGCCAACACUCCGCAUGGGCAGCGGAAUGCUUUGGAGUAUAACGACACUACUUUUCUGCACUCAUGCAGGACGAUGUUGUACUCACUUCGGAGGCCUCCAGAGCACUUCGCAGACCUUGUUGCCGGCCACUUCCGGGUGCAUGGGCAUACCAUUCUUGCAGCAUGCAAGUACUACAUGGAGGGUAAUGAUGUUGGCUCAGUAGUGCCAGAGGAGGAGUUAGAAUGCAAAAGCAGUGAUGCAGGAGCAUCCAGCAGUGGCAGCAAGGCACCAAAGCCAGGAGCAGUAAAGGCAAACCCUCUGACCAGACGCAUCACGUUCAACACAAACUUGAAGACGCUGUACGAAGAUCUUCUGAUGGAAUUCAAUGUGAAGGGCGCGGACACAAGGAGGUUCAUUGUCGAGAAGUUGAAGAAGAACCAACCUGCAGCAGUGUGAGAAGCAUUGAAGGCUGCUGCAUGCAGGUAGAGGUAGUAGUAGUUCCUAAGGCAGAGAUGAUAGAGAUGAUGAGUCUCUGCAAAGUAAGUAGUAGAAACAAGGGUUGCCUAGCUGCAGGAAAGCUUUUGUGGAUAACUCGUCUCGUGAUAAUUGAUUUCUAGGACCUGCUGGGACUUCCUUGCUCACUGUAAGUAGAAUAUUUUAGGGAUGGCAUCAUGUAUCGGAGUGCCGAGAGAGAUUCUCUCCCACGGCAGACGGAACCGAUGUUCAUCAGUAUAAUAUACACUACAGCAAGUGUAUUCUGAACCUCAUAAAUAUAUGUAGCUUUUGCUAAAUGGUUCUAAUCU